AUGGACGGUAUCGACUCCCUGGAGCCUCUGAGAGCUGAACAUCACAAUCCAGUGCCAGAAUGGGUCGCUGGCAUGGUGGGUGGUCUUUCCACUUCUCUUCUUGUUUUGGUGGUGGUUUGCAAUGCUUUGACUGCAAAGCCCAGAAAGGAGGAAGCUGGUGAGAGGAAUGACUACCGCACCGGCUUGUUGCUGAGCCUUUUUGGCGGCCAUCUCUAUGCAGCCAUUGUGACGAGCUUUCUACUCUGGUUCCUUCUCACGCUGUCUGUGAUGCUUCCUUUCUUUUGGUUUUCUCAACCUGAAGAGGUGAAACCAAGAACAGGAAAUGUCACUGCCUCCAUCAACUUCUGCGAGGGUCCCGAUUUCCACCACUCUGAAGUGCUUGCAGAGCCCGUGAAUGUGGUCACAUCUGUACUCUUCUACUUACCGGUGGCUCUUAUUGGUCUUCUGGGCCCAGCUUGCAAAGAAGGCAGAGGGGAAUUGCGUUUCUUAUUCUCUUAUGGAUCGAUGGGCAUCGUUGGCAUUGGGUCUGGAGCGCUUCAUGCAUCGUUGGAUGCUGUAGCACAAGCAGGUGAUGAACUUCCCAUGUUGUACGUGGCCACCAUGUUGGCGUAUUGCUGUGCCGACACUUUCCUGAUCAAAAAAGGCAUGCUCAGGGCAUCAGCGGUGCUGCCAUGGAUCACAGCCUUGAUUACUUCUGUAAAUACGCUCUUGUAUGUUGGUUCUCGCGAUGAUUUUGGCAUUUUUGCUGCGACCUUUGCACUUUACCUUUCAGUUCCUGUGUUUUACUUCAGUUCCUACUGCUUGCGUCGGGUCUCGGCCAUUUCGGACGACACCGUGGAAGGGCCGAUCCGAUAUCAGGUGGUGAGACCGCUGAGUUGGGGCUUGGGCGCCAGCUUGGCCAUUGGUGGCAUUUGCUGGGCCCUGGAGAUGGGAAUGUGCUCUGCUGUCAUCAACUACCAACAGUUUGGAGACGAUUGGGCGCCUUUUGUUUGGCGCUACAUGCUUCAUUCCUUGUGGCAUGCUGGUACCGCGAUGGCAGCGAUGCUAAUGAUCCAAAACUUGAUCACAGUGAGAGCGAUGCAGAUGGGAUGGGGCCGCCCCAAGCUUCUUGGCUAUUCUCAGGUGCCAAAUUGCUCUAGUGACCUCUAG